AUGACCAGCUACGUCCACAAGCCUUCACUCCUUCAGGCCGGCAUGGCCCCAACUUCUGCAGAACCCUCCGCCGCCCCUCUUCAACAUCGCCACCAACAUCACGAAUACGAGCACCGCCACACCCAUCGCCGCAUGCACGAUCUUUACAGACACGGCCAAGAUGCUACAGGCGGCAACAUGGACGAGCCCAAAAAGCACCUGUUUUCACAGGAUAUCAUCGACGAAGACGCCGACCAUGACGAGAACAGCCAGAACGACCUUCGUCGCCGUGUUACCGAAGUCGUCCAGACCGUUUCCGUGGUCCAGGUCAUUGGCAGCGACGGUUCUGUGCUCGAAGUGAGCACUGCACCCUCUUUGCCGGUGACCACACUGGCUUCCGACUCGGCCACCGCGUCCACUCCUGAUGUGGCCGGUGUUUCUGGUGUCUCGUCUGCGACCGCCGCAUCUCCGGCAUCGGCCCUGUCACUGUCGUCGUUGCUGCCAUCGUCGUCGUCGUCGUCGUCGUCGUCGUUGUCGCCGUCCUCAUCGCCGUCUUCCUCGCUAUCUUCCUCACUGUCCUCUUCACUGUCCUCAUCGCUGCUUUCGUCCUCAUCUCCGUGUGCGUCUUCGUCUGUGUCUGCGUCAAAUUCGCCGUCCUCUGCUUUGUCGGCAGCAGUAACAACGACAGCCUUUUCCAACUCGACGAUCAGCGGCACAAGCGGAUCAUCUCCCGCCACUAUUUCCCCGCCUCUGACCACGGGAUCUUCAUCCGGCACACUGCUGCCAAACAUAGGCAAUUUCACCAACUCAGUUGUUCCGGCCGUGCCUUAUCCCAGCAACAGCACUGCUCAUCGCACGUUCUUUGGCAGCUUGUCCCACUCUUCAUCCGCAUACUCGUCCUCCUCGGUUCCGUACAGCUCUUCCACAACGUUUUCCAGCUCUUGGAUUUCAUCGAGCUCUUCUUCUGCCGCGAUCGCUUCCUCGUCUGCCGACGGUGUAGUGGUACAAGUCGCGUCCAGCGGAUUGGGCUCUGCAGUUGCCGGCACCACUGCCGCAGCCACUACUGCUGCGAUCGCACCCGCUGCGUCUUCUACGGACACGAACUCUGACACAACGACCGGGACACCAACAGGCACGAUCGUUGGAGGCGUGGUCGGCGGUGUAGCUGGGCUGGCGCUGGUGCUGCUUGCCGCUCUUAUGUUUUUGCGUUGGAAACGUCGGAUGCAGCAGCACGGACACAAGCUGCUGGGCGAAGGCAGCAAAGAUGCAAAACCAGGCAUGACCAGGACACUGAUCGAGGCGGGCGAAGUUGCGGGCCCUGGCGCCGUGACUAUCCCCGCCGUUGUUGUUGGUGGUGGUGGUACAGGUGGCGGCAGCGGCAUUGGUGAUGGUGGUAGUCCUGGCGGCAGUCCUGUCGCCGCAGCUACGGGCGACGCCAUGACCGAGCGGCGGACAACGUUCCUGAUGCCGUUUUCUUCGCAUGCUGCCAAGCGAAUGUCGAGGGGGACAGGUGGUGCGGACAGCGAUGGCGAGUCGGGGUUCUACCGCGUGUCUGGCAAGAAACUGCCGUCGGUUCUGAUGUACGGCGGCGAUGGAUAUCGCGAUCCGCGUGACAGCGUGCAGAGCGGCUCAUCCGUGGUCUUCCGGGACUCGCAGGGCUUCUUUGGCGGCGAGGGUGGUCCGUCCACGAUGCCGACAUCGCAGUAUGCAGUGGGCUCGCCAAUGCGGCCGGUGAGCGGCGUGCCUGUGUUCCAUACAGGUCCCGGAAAGACAGCCAUGGCCAUGCGGGUUCCGUUGUCACGACACGGUUCUACUGUGUACGACAACAACGAGCCGGUCAGCCCGAACGAGCUCGUGCCGCCAUCUGCAUAUGACCCCAUCGGGCGGUCUCUGUCGUCACAGGACGGCUCCCGGGCAUCUGGCUCCCGAUUCACGGAGGAAAUAUUCUGA